UAUGGAUUCACAGCUUGGAAAUCAAUCAAAUUCAAAGAAAAAUAUUGUAUGGACAGAGAAGAUGGAUAUUUGCUUAACUGAAACAUUGAGAGAACAAGUGCACAAAGAGCAAAAGCCCGAUAGAAGUUUCUCAUAUCAUGCUUAUCAAGCAACAUGUGCAGAGUUAUAUGCUAAAUGUGGAAUAAAGGUUGAAGUGGAUCAUAUUAAAAACCGAUUGAAGACACUUAAAAAAGAUAUGGGCGCAUUUCAAGACAUGCAGAAUUCUUCUAGUGGAUUUGCAUUUAAUCGAGUGACAAGGAUGAUGGAUGCGGAGCCAAAAGUUUGGGAAGAUUACAUAAAGGCACAUCCUGGAGCAAAACAAUUUCGUUACAAACCUGUACCGUGUUUUGAAAACUUGCAAAUCAUUUAUGGGAAAGACAGGGCUGGUGGUUUAUCUUCUGAAACUAUCAAAGAAAGACGUGCUCGCAUAGAAAAUGAAAGAGAUGAAUCAAGUUUUAUCAAUACAAAUCAAGAUGAUAGAGAAGCUGUUCAAGAGAAUGAUGUAGAAUGCAUUGGCCCUUCAAAAGGGGAUGAAGGAUGCGAGAUUGAUGUUUUGAUGGGCUCACUAAAGUCAAAAACCAAGGACUUCGACAUAUUUUUCUCUCUCUCUUUGGUUAAGAUUCUCUAUAUAUGAAAUUGAUUGUAAAAGAUUUUGUUGGUUAAGAUUUUUUAUAUGAAAUUGAUUGUAAUAGACUUUGUGACUAGAAAUGGAUUAUACUUUAUAUUAGGAAUAUCAUGACAUUUACUUUA